AUGAACAACAAAGGGGUUAACCAAGAAUUGAUUGACGACGUGACUCAGAGGAUUUGCAAGAUCCAAGAAUACUCCAAAGUGACAGGAGAAGAUGUAACUCACCUGCUGUUUCAAAAUCUCACAAACCUUGAGCUCUCUCACCAUAAAGAAGAAAACGAUCAGUUCGGAUCAAUCAUAGAGUCACCAGUUGUAGCUCCAGUACAAGAAAUAGGAGACGCUAAGUCUCCGAUCGAUGACAGCUUGCUGUCAGUGAGCUUAGAUUCGACUGAUUUUCAUCAGUCACCUGUAGAUAUGGCUAAGUCAAUUAAAAAGCAAACCAAAGAGAUGUACAAAGCAAUUAAUGAAAAAUUACUAUGAAAAUGCCUAAAUAGGUUAUCUUUAUAUGCUUAUAGCAUAUAGUUUAUAAGGGAAAAUAAAUAUUAAAUAUUUUUUAAAGUGUAGUAAUUGAGGAAGAAAAAUAUAUCAGCUUUUCGAACAGCUUCUCAAAGCUUAGCUGAUUUUGCGAACGUGGAUUCUGCUAAAAUUUCAAUCCUUUUUUCUGAACUUGACAACAUGAAAAAGACGAUUUUCGAAUUAAUCGAAGAUUCAUCAGUUUCCAAAAAAUACCAUUCAAGGAUUUCUUAUCCUGAAUUCGACGAAAGCCCAAUCUCAGAGCUUUUAUUUUCUCAAAAAAUAAUUUUUAAUAUUUAUUUUUAAAAAAUCAUAAUCCAAAUGGCCAAUCCCAGACUGCCACAGAGAAAAUUACGAUUUGGCGCACAUCAUCGACAGAAUUAAUGAUUUACAAAAAGAAAUGCAUGAAAUUUCUGCUCAGCUUGUAAGUAGUGAAAAGGAAAUAGAAUACAAAGAGGAAGAAAACCUGAUGUUGAAAACACAGCUGAAGUCCUUGGAAAAUGUUGCACAGAGCUACAUUAAGCUGGAAGAUGCCAGGCCGACCCUCAAAAAAACCAAUUGUGUAUGCGUUGUAAUUUAA